AUGCUGCAUUCGUCUCAGUUGUCAGCUGAGCUUGUGUCUGCCUCUGGAGCGAGACUUCCCCUGCAGCCAUCACUCAUCAACAUCAACGAGUUCCUCCCGCAAGAUCUCCAUAAUCUCAGACGCGCUGUGAGGACUGCUGCCAAGGAGAGAGGCUUUCAUACCUUCAUUCGAAAUGGAGCUGUCUUCAUAAAGAAAAAGAAGGAGGAUACUUCUCCCGCUCCGCUUUCGCUCAUUCCACAUUGCUACCUUGAGCACAGUCAGGCGGCAGCCAUGCUGGAAUUGGAGGGUUUGCGUGUCUGUCAUCUGAAUGUGAACUCUCUCAGAGCUCACAUUGAGAGAGUCAGGCUCUUCUUAGAAUCUCAUCCUCCAUUUAAAGUUAUCGCCAUAUCAGAGACUAAGCUUUGCCCUCUUAUUGAUGACGAUUUCGUUUCGCUGGAAGGCUAUAGGCUCUUCAGACGUGAUCGCAAUACGCGUGGUGGCGGGGUAGCUUUUUUCAUCAAUAACUGCUUCAGGGUCACAGUUCUUGCAUCUUCCUCUCAUGUGUGGACUAAAAGACCCGGUUUCCCCGAGUAUCUGUUCUGUGAAAUAUCCUGUCAUGGUGUCUUUCCAGUCUUUGUUGCAGUGGUAUAUAGGCCGCCACAUGCUCCUUUCUUCCAGGGUAAUGACUUCAUCUCCUCUCUACAGGGGUUUCUUCAGGAUUAUAGCUCCAAGGUCAUCCUUGGGGAUUUCAAUGCCGAUCAGCUGCCUGUCAGUUAUUGGAAGACAGAGGCCCCCUUUGUGGAUGCUCACGAUCUUAUCACUGCAACAAUACAGGCUGUCCUGCCUCGCCCAUCUGUGAGUAAGGACUUCACUUACAGGGAUUUUGCCGCUCUGGAUCUUGAUGUGCUAUUGUCGCAGCUUGCUGGGAGUGAGUGGUCGGUGUUCGAUGGCCUGUCGUCUCCAGACGAAAUGACUGCGUGUCUGGGCGGUAAUCUUGGCGUCGCUAUGGACGCUGCUGUCCCGCUCAAGACGGUAAGGGAGUCCUCGAAGCGCAAGCCGUGGUUUACUGAUGAGAUCAUUGCUCUUGUAGUGGAGAGAGAUCGCCUUUACCGUGUAUACAAACGUACUCACUCUCGUCAGGCACUCUUAAUCUAUCGCACGGCUCGUGAUCAUGCUCAUCGUGAGGUUGAGGUGGCACGUCAACUUUUCUUCCAGCGCAGGCUGGAGCCUCCCUCUGACCCUUCGCUUAUCUGGAAGGAGCUCAGAAGGCUUGGUGUGGUGACUGGGGAUGACUCAAGACCCGAUUUCGAUCCUGAUGUCUUGAAUCGUUGCUUUACUGGAGUGUCCUUUGACGAGACAGAGCUUUCGCUGGAUGGGUUCUUGAACUCGGCUGAGCUAGGGGCCAUUCCUCCUGCCGUGGGUUUCUCCUUCAGGCCAGUCACUGCUGAUGGGGUACAGAAGGCUGUUCGGCAUUUCUCUACCGAAGCUAAAGGGACUGAUGGUGUUCCCCGGUCGGUGGUUGUGGCUGCCCUGCCGAUUCUAACACCUCAUCUAGUGAUGCUCUUUAAUAUCUCUUUCGCUCGGUCCUGCUUUCCCUCUGAGUGCAGGAGGUCCCUUAUUAUUGCGCUUGGCAAGGUGAAAAACCCUGUGUCACCUAAUGACUUCAGGCUGAUUGCCUUGCUCUGUUUCCUCUCCAAGGUGCUGGAGAAACUUGCUUCCCAGCAAAUCUCCGGCUUUCUUGCUGAGCGCUUCAUUCUGGACUCCCUGCAGACGGGCUUUCGUCCAUUCAAUGGGACGCAGACGGCGCUAUGGAAACUGACAGACGACAUUAGGACAGGUAUUGACAGACGGCAGCUGACGAUGCUACUGUUAUUCGACUUCAGCAAGGCGUUCGUUUCCGUUUGUCAUGUGUUGCUGCUGCGGAUGCUGUUAGGCUAUGGCUCCUCAGCUUCUUCAGUGAGGUGGCUUGCAUCAUAUCUGGGUGGUCAUUCGCAGGCUACACUAGGCGGGGCGAGUGACUGUUCAUCUUUCUGUCAUCUGAACAGAGGAGUUCCGCAGGGAUCUGUUCUAGGUCCUCUGCUAUUCCUCCUGUUCAUUAAUGAUGUCGGUGUAAACGUGGGGCCUGGAGUUCGGCAUCUGAUAUAUGCUGAUGAUCUCCAGAUUUACCUGACCUUUCCACGUGAGGAGUUAGAGGAUGCCACUCGUCGCAUGAGCAACGCUGCUAACCGUGCGAUAGACUGGGCUAAUGCAAAUCGGCUGAAGCUGAAUGUGGCGAAGACGAAAGCCAUCAUUUUUGGCUUUAAUGUCUUCGUUAACGAUGUCUAUUCCUUGCCUGAUUUGUCUGUCAGCGUUGGUGGCUCUGCAAUUCCAUUUGAUACUUCCGUACGCAGCCUGCGAGUGGUUCUGGAUAACAAGCUCUCUUGGAAGGGACAUGUGGCGUAUGUGACGCAGAGGGUUCACUCUGUCAUGUACCGCCUCCGGUUCUUUAGAGCCAGUACCACUCUGGGUCUGCGUAAACACCUCAUUCAGGCUUUGGUGUUCCCCCUGAUCGACUACUGCUGUCUUGUAUAUGAUGGUCUGUCUGGUGUACUUGCUACUGUGAUUCAGCGUCUCAUCAAUAUGACGGUUAGAUACAUCUUUGGGGCAAGGAGAGACGAGCACAUCACUCCCUAUCGUCUGCGGCUUAGGUGGACGACGUGUGAGGUGCGCAGAACGUACUUCCUCGCGUGCCUCACUUACAAGAUCCUCCGCUUUGGUCAGCCGGUGUAUCUGGCUGACUUUUUUGUGGCCAGUCGGGCCGUGCGGCCGGUGAGGGGUGAGGUGACUCCCCUUAUGAUCAAGCCUUUCAGGACUGAAGCCAUGCGAUCCUCCUUCCACGUAUCUGCGGCUUAUUUGGGGAACUCAAUUCCCUCUGCAGUGCGGGACCUUCCCACACUGUCGUCCUUCCGACAGACGUUUCACUUUACCUCAGGCUCCUCCAUUAUUUACAAAAAAUAUUUGUUGACAAGAUCGCCACGAAAGAAAAACUAG